AUGUCUAAACGUAAAGAAGUUUCACCAACACUUGCAUCUCAAGGAAUAAUUGACUUUAAUUUAUACUAUGGACCUUUUGCUCAUCACUGGUGGCAUGAAAUUUCUACUGAAAAUGGCUCAGAAUUUUACCAUAUUUGUUUAGGCAUGACAAUUUUAACUGAACUAAAUAGUAGAAAAUUUUUGCUUUGUAUUAUUAUGAUGAGAGCCAAAG